GUCUAUUUAGAACUUUCAAAAAAUAAAAGUAUUAAAAUUAAUUAUUGCGGACCGCAGUUACGGCAUCCCUCAUCCAGUAGAGUUUCCGGGUACGUCUUACGUAUGUUGGUUUUGAAUACGGUGCACGCGGCGGCUGCGCCCGCAGUACGAGAGGCAGUUAGAACCAAGCUGUCCUUCCGAAACGACACGAUAAUACUCUUCUUCUGCGCAGCUAACGAAAAUAAAGACGAUGCUAAGGUUGCUUUGGCCUGUUGUAAGACUUAACGCGAAAACUGUUCCGUGUUUAAUUUGACGAGGAACGACAAAUGUUAUCCAAAAUAACACAAAUAUUAUCUUACCUGGCGACAUUUGACGAGCCGACACAAAAAGUUUCAUAUUUUUCACUUUUUACAAUCUGAUACGGGUUUUGGAGCAUUUUGGAGUUAUAAAUCCCUUGUCAUAAAUAUCCAAUGCCGUUUCCAGUGUGAAAAGCUGCCCGAAUGCAAUGGCUUUCCUGUUAACAUACUUUAUUUUACCAUUUGCUAUGUCCUUUUGCCUGCCUUGCGUUUUGUUGUGGUUUUGUAGCGAUUCUUGCGAUCCUGUGGAUCGAAAGCCGCUGCCUGUGUGGCCACAGCACUUUUCUUUCCCCUCCUUUUCUCUUUCCCCGUGGAGGGCCUGCUCGCACGCCAACAUUUGCAUGAUUUAGCCUACACUUCUACGAAAAUCAACUUGGGCUGCUUAUACGUGCAUGUGUUCUUCUACUUAUGGCCGCCCAGUCCAAUUAUCCGCUCCAGACACGCCCCCUCACCGGAAGGUAAUAAUAAUUAGCUCACAUCCCACUUUCAAAGGACAAAAUAGCGCGUAGAAUUUAUUACCUGCAAACGUCAAAUUUAAUUAAGCGGUUGGUGUCUCAUUAUUAUGACGAAGCCAGUGGAAAAAAAAUUUGAAUGAAACGUCGUCGUACGUCAGGUAUCAGAUACAAAUGAAUAACGAAACUCUAUCACAGCAAAGCUGUUACAAUGAAAGCUGACUCUGAUAGGAUAAAAUUCGAAAAUCAUAUAUUUUGUCUGCAAAAAGACGGUACUCUGUACCGUUUGUGCUUUGAAGCGUCAAUUAUAUCUUAAAGAUAAAUUGAAUGUUUAUUUCUGUGGGGGAUUUCAGUCUUGUAAGAAAGCUCUAUAAAGUAGACAUUAUAUAGCACUAUCUAUCCGUUCAAUUCCUCAGAUCCUCUAUAUUAUCACUCAACAACAUUUUGAGGUGGCCGACAGUGAUUGACUUUCUGCAGACUACCCACUGCGCAUGCAUGAAAUCACACGAUAAAUAAAUACAAACCACUAACUAUGAUACAACGCACUCAAGCAUGUGGCAACAACCUUCUCUAAUACUUGAAAGGUGAGUUAACGCUUUUGAAGCAUCUGUGAUUAUUUCUUUAACUUUUGUUUCGAAAAUCAACUCUGGCUACCUUUGUACAACUCUAAUUCCUAGAAAUUUGCUCCCGGGGUUUAUGUUGUUGAUUGUGCUAUUAUGUAAUAAGGUUUUUUUUUUUUAUCCAAGUGAUCAAAUGUGCCGGACGUGUUAAAUCAGAAGUGGAACUGAGUUUAGAAACUUCCUCGCAACUCUCGGAACCUAACUUAAACUAUCAAGUUAGAACUAAAAUCAAAAGACCUUUUUUUAUGAGGUCAAAUUCCUCAGAUUCAGAUGAUUUUUAAGCCAGUAUUGACAGAAAGCUCAGCAGAAUGGUUUGUAGUGGCGGAAUGACUCAUGGAUUCGUAUUGACCUGUCAGCGCUUGCCAAUGAAAAAGCGGCCAGAGUAGUUUCUGUGUGAAGUUGAAAUAAGAACCAGCAUCACACCUCCUUGGCCUUUCUGUUCAGCUGUGACAGUGGAGUAUUACUGCUGAAAUCUGUCCUAUCACAAUUGGUAACCCAAAUGUACUCAUUAAACGACAUUGCAGGUGCCAGUACGAAGAUAAAAACGCCAGAGAAUAAGACAAAUAACAACCAAACGAUCUCCAUAUCCGAGACUUCUGUUGUAAGGGUAGAAAUAUCUGAGCCAUUGUGCAAAACAGUCCGUCACCAAACAAUUUCUUUGCCACGGGAUUCAAUAUAUGAAGUACGAUCCCGCGGGAAGAUAACUACCGAAGAAGAUGUACUCAACAUCAAAAUAAGUAACGUCCAAGGAGCAACAGCUGAUCAAGCAAAGAAUAAGGUGCUCCUUAAUCAGAAAGAAAACGGACAAAAGGACACGGACAAACUGAGCAACCAGCAAAUGCAGUCAGCUUUUCACGUUGCCAGGCAAAGAGAAAUUCCAUUGGUAAAACGUUUUCGUAGUGGACAGCUGAUGAACGUUAAUCAGAUAGCGAAGCACGUGGACAAAUCGGGAGGAAAACGAUCAAGAUGUGAAGUUGACCUUCAAACGAAAUUUCCAUACACAGAGCGUUUUCCUGGUAGACGGCUUUCCAAGGACAUGAUUACCGAAAAGAAAAGGUAUCAAGUGGAUUCUGAUGUGCCAUGUUCAGUAAAUCAGUCAAGUAUACUCAAUGGGGAACCAUUAACGGCGACAACAGGGAUACGGAAAAAACUGGCUCCCCAAAUUAAUUCCCGCGAGCCUGAGAUAUUUUCAUCUUACCAUCUUAGCCCGCAGCCGCCAGCUUUGACGCAGCCGAGUAAUUAUCUCCAAUCGUCAGCUUAUCAAAUGAGUACCAACGGCUCGAUAUCAGCCUACCAUGUUAACUCAGCAAAGGCAUUAUAUACUCACCCCCAGAAUGGUGAUCCCGUAAGUGUGUCAUCUCACCAGGCCAGUGCCAGCGUGACACCUCCAUGUUUUCAUAUGAGUUCCAAUGGCACAGUGCCACUUCACCACAUGGAGGAAAUAACCACUGCCCAAGCACAAGAUGGUCAAAAGAAUACGAGUCAUCAGGCAAAUUACCAUCCAGGAAUGUCAAAAUACUAUGAUUACAACAGUUUUAACGAUUUUCAGCAAGGAAUGCUAUUCUGGCCAACUGAAAAGCAUAGCAUGGUUCCAAAUCGCCAUCUGAUUGCUUGCAGUUGUAGCUGCAGUUGCUAUGCACAAAGUGAAUCCCAUCACUAUGAUGCUUUUAAUCCGAAAAACCAACGACCUUCAGUUAUCAUGGUUCCUGUGAGUUGGAGCAGCGGUGAUUCUGGAAGAUCCCAUUUGCCAUUAAAGCAGGUUGAUGCCACGACCUACAAGCUUCAUUCUGAUGAACACUUGUCAAACAGGGAGAGCGUAGCCGAUCGAAUGGAGUACGCGAUGGAUUCAGACUCAUCUGACGAUGAUGGCGAAAAUGGAAAAGAAAAGUACUUUCGACAGAACAUCGAUGGAGCAACCGCAAGAUUUAAGUUGACGAAAGAGGAGUGGGAGAGAAUUCCAAUCAAGACGUUUCCGAGCGGUGGUCGAUUGUUGAGUGGGGACUGGACUCGAAUCUUCCUCAGCAAAGUUAAAGAAAGCAACCCAUGGUGCAGUUUGCGCUUCAAGAAUAAUCACGUGAGAUCAGAAAACUCGCGGAAAAUCCACUCAGCGGUGUUCUUCAGAGGAGGAGCGGAAUGCAAGCGACCAGAGUGUAACGUGAAAGUGAGAUUUGUCAUCCGGAAAGAAAAAGGAAAACACGUCGAUGUGACGUAUGUGGGUGAUGUUUGUCACAACAGUCAGCCAGGCGUGAAUGACGUCACAAGUGACGAUAAAACAAUCAACCGUUUUCGCCGGAAUUAUUCCACUUAAACUAAAUUUUGUUCAAGCCGGAGAUUCCAGAAUAACUAAUAUGUAAAAACGCUGUUAUGAAAACCUUGAAUACGCCUUAAUUAAUGGCUUUGCAAUGACAACCACGUUGGGUAUAUUUGUUGAUUUUGAUCAGAUUGUUACUACAAAGUUCUAUUCAACUUGGAUUAACUAGGAUAAUAAUUAUUUCAUGAUACGAUUGUUCGGGCCCAGGAGGAGGCGCGCACUACAAAAUUGCUACUUCUCUCUCGUGCUACAAAAGCAAUCAGUUGAACUCCAUGGAUUGUUAUGUAUAAUGAAAGAAGAAUUAACGAAUAAGGGUUGUCUAUUCGGAACAACAAGUGCAUGGCGACGAUUACUAAGAUCGACAUCUUAUUUUUGGGAAGAAAAUUUUUCUGAUAAGCGCCGAUAUGGAACCUCGUUUAACAAACUUCUAUUCAACUAAGUCCUCGGUAUAACGAACAAUUUUCUCCGCCCCAGUAGAAUUAAAAUUUAAAACCUUGAAUUAGCAAACAAAUUAUCAAAUAUAUUUUGCCAGUCUCUUGGCCCUCGUUUUUUCGAGGUUCCACUGCACGGGAUUUUUCCAAAACAACAUCAUCUGUUGUAGUUUCAGGUGUAUUUAUUAAUCGCUGUUUAUUCUAAAAGAUGUAUAUCUGUUUAAAACUGCGAAUUGUUCAAUCAUAAUGAAAAAUGCUCUAAAUGUUAAAAAAAAAUUAAAACACACUCUUUUUUACGAGUUCUGGAUAGCAAAAGCAUCCCUAGGGAUGGUCUUUAUAGAUUUCACUCAAGGGGACGCUUGCUCUUGUUCAGUCUCCAUUUCAGUUACCACAUAUCAUGGUCAGGUGUUAAGUUGCCUCCUUGAUACGUGGCUAAGUCAAUCAGUGUCAUUCACUGUCAAUCACUGGUCCGUGAAAGAGUUUACAUUGAUACCUUUAUGCGUUACAUGUCCUUGUGCCAAUCCUAAAAAAUUACUUUAGGUUCUGGCACCGAAGAUUUGGGGGAUUUUCCGAAGAUUUUUGAGCUAGCACCUCCAUCACAUUAAAGUGCCCUCCCCCUGGGGUUAUUGUGAUUAACUUUUCAGAGCAAAUGAAGAGUUUUGUAAAAUUCCGUCCUGAAUAAAAGGGUUAAUAUUUUGGGUCCA